AUGCUGUUUGCACUGUCCGCGUCCGACGUCACCACAGCCCGCUGCACUACACGCUGUGUGCACCGUCCGCGUCCGACGACACCACAGCCCCCUGCACACAACGCUCUCAGCACCAUCCGCGUCCGACGUCACCGCAGCCCGCUUUACACCACGCUGUCAGCACCAUCCGCGUCCGACGUCACCGCAGCCCGCUGCACACCACGCUGUCAGCACCGUCCGCGUCCGACACACCACAGCCCACUGGACUCCACACUGUCAGCACUGUCCGCGUCCGACGUCAGCACAUGCCGCUGCACUCCAAGCUGUGAGCACCGUCCGGGUCCAACAUCACCACAGCCCGCUGGACUCCAUGCUGUGAGCACCAUCCGUGUCCAACAUCACCACAGCCCGCUGCACUCCACGCAAUCAGCACCGUCCGGGUCUGACAUUACCACGGCCUGCUGGACUCCACGCUGUCAGCACUGUCCGCGUCCGACGUCACGACAGCCUGCUGGACUCGACGCUGUCAGCACCGUUCGUGUCCGACGUCACCACAGCCCACUGGACUUUAUACUGUCAGCACCGUCCGCGUCCGACGUCACCAAAGGCCACUGCACUCCACGCUGUCAGCGCCGUCCGUGUCCGUCGUCACCACAGCCCGCUGCUCUCCACGCUGUGUGCACCGUCCGCGUCCGAUGUCACCACACCCCGCUGCACUCCACGCUGUCAGCACGAUCCGUGUCCGACGUCACCAGAGCCUGCUACACUCCAAGCUGUCAGUGCCUGCUGUGUCCGGCGUCACCCCCGCCUGCUGCAAUCCUCGCUCCCACUGCACUCCACACUGUGUGCACCGUCCGCGUCCGACGUCACCACAGCCUUCUGGACUCCACGCUAUCAGCACCGUCCGUGUCCGACGUCACCGCAGCUUGCUGGACUCCAACCUGUCAGCGCCGUCGGUGUCCGACGUCACCACAGUGCGCCGCACUCCACGCUGUGAGCACCGUCCGCGUCCGACGUCUUCACAGACCACAGGACUCCACACUGUCAGCACCGUCCGCGUCCGACGUCACCACAGCCAGCUGCACUCCAUGCUGCCAUCACCGUCCGCGUCCGACGUCACCACAGCCCGCUGCACUCCACGCUGCGAGCACCGUCGGUGACAGACGUCACCACAGCGCGCUGCUCUCCACGCUGUGUGCACCGUCCACGUCCGACGUCGCCACGGCCCGCUGGACUCCACUCUGUCAGCUCCGUCCGUGUCCGACGUCACCGCAGCUUGCUAGACACCACCCUGUCAGUGCCGAAUGUGUCCGACGUCACCUCAGCCUGCUGCACUCCACGGUGGCAGCGUCGUCCGUGUCCGUCGUCACCACAGCCCGUUGGACUCCACGCCGUCUGCACCGUCCGCGUCCGGCGUCACCACAGCACGCUGCACUUCACGCUGUGAGCACCGUCCGCGUCCGACGUCACCACUGCCCGCUGGACUCCACGCUGUCAGCACCGUCCGUGUCCGACGUCACCGCAGCUUGCUGGACUCCACCCUGUCAGUGCCGCCUGUGUCCGACGUCACCACAGCCCGCUGCACUCCACGCUGUCAGCACCGACCGUGUCCGACGUCUCCACAGCUUUCUGUACUCCACCCUGUCAGUGUCGUCUGCGUCCGACGUCACCACAGACCGCUGCACUCCACGCUGUCAGCACCGCCCGCGUCCGACGUCACCACAGCCCACUGGACUCCACACUGUCAGCACCGUCCGCGUCCGACGUUACCUCCGCCCGCCGCACUUCGCGCUGUCAGCGCCGUCCGUGACCGACGUCACCACAGCCCGCUGCACCCCUUGUUGUGUGCACUGUUUGCGUCCGGCGCCACCACAGCCCGCUGCACUCCACACUGUGUGCACCGUGCGCGUCCGACGACACCACAGCCCGCUGCACACAACGCUGUCAGCACCAUCCGCGUCCGACGUCACCGCAGCCCGCUGGACUCCACGCUGUCAGCCCCGUCCGUGUCCGACGUCACUACAGCUUGCUGUACUCCACGCUGUCAGUGCCGUCUGUGUCCGACAUCACCACAGCCCGCUGCACUCCACGGUGUUGGCACUGUCCACGUCCGACGGCACCACAGCCCGCUGGACUCCACACUGUCAGCACCGUCCGCGUCCGACGUCACCGCAGCCCGCUGGACUCCACGAUGUCAGCGCCGUCCGUGACCAACGUCACCACAGCCCGCUGCACUCCAUGCUGAGUGCUCCGUCCGCGUCCGACCAAACCGCAGCCCGCUGCACACAACGCUGUCAGCACCAUCCGCGUCCGACGUCACCGCAGCCCGCUGCACUCCAUGCUGUCAGCACCGACCGUGUCCAACGUCUCCACAGCUUUCUGUACUCCACCCUGUCAGUGCCGUCUGCGUCCGACGUCACCACAGACCGCUGCACUCCACGCUGUCAUCACCGACCGCGUCCGACACACCACCGCCCACUGGACUCCACACUGUCAGCACCGUCCGCGUCCGAAGUCAGCACAUGCCGCUGCACUCCAUGCUCUCUCUGCACUCCACGCUGCCAGCACCGUCCGCGUCCAACACACCACAGCCUACCGGACUCCACACUGUCAGCACCGUCCGCGUCCGACGUCAGCACAUGCCGCUGCACUCAACUCUGUGAGCACCGUCCGCGUCCAACAUCACCACAGCCCGCUGGACCCCAUGCUGUGAGCACCAUCCGUUUCCAACAUCACCACAGCCCGCUGCGCUCCACGCAGUCAGCACUGUCCGGGUCUGACAUCACCACAGCCCGCUGGACUCCACGCUGUCAGCACCGUCCGCGUCCGACGUCACGACAGCCUGCUGGGCUCGACGCUGUCAGCACCGUUCGUUUCCGACGUCACCACAGCCCACUGGACUUUAUACUGUCAGCACCGUCCGCGUCCGCCGUCACCAAAGCCCACUGCACUCCACGCUGUCAGCGCCGUCCGUGUCCGACGUCACCACAGCCCGCUGCUCUUUACGCUGUGUGCACCGUCCGCGUCCGACGUCACCACAGCCCGCUGCACUCCACGCUGUCAGCACCGCCCGUGUCCGAAGUCACCACAGCCUGCUGGACUCCACGCUGUCAGCAGCGUCCGUGUCCGACGUCACCACAGCCCGCUGCACCUCACGCUGUCAGCACCGUUCGCUUUCGACGUCACCACAGCCCGCUGGACUCCAAUCUGUCACCAACGUCCGCUUCCGACGUCAACACAGCCCACUGGACUCCACGCUGUCAGCACCGUCCACGUCCGACGUCACCACAGACCGCUGCACUCCACGCUGUCAGCGCCGUCCGUAUCCGACGUCACCACAGCCCGCUGGACUCCAGGCUGUCAGCACCAUCCUCGUUUGACGUCACCACAACCCGCUGCACUCCACGCUGUGAGCACCGUCCGCGUCCAACGUCACAACAGCCCGUCGGACUCCAUGCUGUGAGCACCAUCCGUGUCCGAUGUCACCUCAACCCGCUGUACUCCACGCUGUCAGCACCGUACAGCCCGCUGCACUCCACGCUGUCAGCACCGUCCGCGUCCGACGUCACCACAGCCCGCUGGACACCACGCCGUCAGCACCGCCUGCGUCAGAUGUCUUCACAGCCCACAGUACUCCACACUGUCAGCGCCGUCCGCGUCCGACGUCACCACAGCCAGCUGCACUCCAUGCUGCCAUCACCGUCCGCGUCCAACUUCACCACAGCACGCUGCACUCCACGCUGUGAGCACCGCCCGCGUCCGACGUCACCACAGCCCGCCGCACUACACGCUGUCAGCACCGUCCGUGUCCGACGCCACCACAGCACGCUGCACUCCACGCUGUCAGCACCAUCCGUGUCCGACGUCACCACAGCCUGCUACACUCCACGCUGUCAGUGCCGGCUGUGUCCGGCGUCACCCCCGCCCGCUGCAAUCCUCGCUGUGAGCACCGUCCGCGUCUGA